AUGGCUUUGAAUGCUGCUCUACUGCCCCGGCAGAGAGUUCCUGGAGUUCACUCAAGAAAUUCGGCACCUGCCCUGGAGAACUUUGACUAUAUUGUGGAGUAUGAUUAUGAUGCUGUGCAUGAUGAUGAAUUAACUAUUCGAGUUGGGGAAAUCAUCAGAAAUGUGAAAAAACUACAGGAGGAAGGAUGGCUAGAAGGAGAACUAAAUUGGAGAAGAGGAAUGUUUCCUGAUAAUUUUGUUAAGGAAAUUAAACGAGACACAGAUUCCAAGGAUGACAAUUUGCCCAUCAAACGGGAAAGGCAUGGAAAUGUAGCAAGUCUUGUGCAACGAAUAAGUACCUAUGGACUUCCAGCCGGAGGAAUUCAGCCACAUCCACAAACCAAAAACAUCAAGAAGAAGACCAAGAAAAGGCAGUGUAAAGUUCUUUUUGAGUACAUUCCACAAAAUGAGGAUGAACUGGAGCUGAAAGUGGGAGAUAUUAUUGAUAUUAAUGAAGAGGUAGAAGAAGGUUGGUGGAGUGGAACCCUGAACAACAAGUUGGGACUGUUUCCCUCAAACUUUGUGAAAGAAUUUGAAGUGACAGAUGAUGGUGAAACUCAUGAAACUCAAGAGGAUUCAGAAACUGUUUUGCCUGGGCCUACCUCACCCUUACCCUCUCCAGGGAAUGGGAAUGAAACUGCAUCUGGAUCAAUUGCUCAGCCAAAGAAAAUUCGAGGAAUUGGAUUUGGAGAUAUUUUUAAAGAAGGCUCCAUGAAACUUAGGACAAGAAUAUCCAGUAGUGAAACAGAAGAGAAAAAAACAGAAAAGCCCUUAACCAUACAGUCGAUAGGAUCCAAAACAAGUGUGGAGAUAACAAAAACAGAAACUGAAGGUAAAAUUAAAGCUAAAGAAUACUGUAGAACAUUAUUUGCCUAUGAAGGUACCAAUGAAGACGAACUUUCUUUUAAAGAAGGGGAAAUAAUCCAUUUGAUAAGUAAGGAGACUGGAGAAGCUGGGUGGUGGAAGGGUGAACUUAAUGGUAAAGAAGGAGUAUUUCCAGACAAUUUUGCUGUUCAGAUAAAUGAACUGGAUAAGGACUUUCCAAAACCAAAGAAACCACCACCUCCUGCUAAGGGUCCAGCUCCAAAGCCUGAUCUCUUAGCUACAGAGAAGAAGUUUUUUCCUAUGAAGCCCGAAGAAAAAGAUGAAAAAACACUGGAACAGAAACCUUCUAAACCAGCUGCUCCACAGGUCCCACCCAAGAAGCCUACUCCACCCACCAAAGCCAAUAAUUUAUUAAGAUCUCCUGGAACAGUUUACCCAAAGCGACCUGAAAAACCAGUUCCCCCACCACCUCCUGUAGCCAAGAUCAAUGGAGAAGUUUCUACUGUUUCAUCAAAAUUUGAAACUGAGCCAGUAUCCAAACCAAAGCCCAAAUCCGAACAGUUACCACCUAGACCAAAAUCAGUGGACCUUGAUUCAUUUAUAGCAAGAAGUUCUAAAGAAACAGAUGUUGUAAAUUUUGAUGACAUAGCUUCCUCAGAAAACUUGUUACAUCUCACUGCAAAUAGACCGAAGAUGCCUGGAAGAAGACUGCCUGGUCGCUUCAAUGGUGGACAUUCUCCAACUCAAAGCCCAGAAAAAACUUCGAAGUUAUCAAAAGAAGAAGAUAGUGCCAACCUAAAGCCAUCUGAAUUUAAAAAGGAUACAUGCUAUGUUCCAAAGCCAUCUGUCUACCUUUCAACACCUUCAAAUACUUCUAAAGCAAAUACAUCUGCCUUCCUAACUCCAUUAGAAAUAAAAUCUAAAGUAGAAACAGAUGAUGGCAAAAAAAAUUCCCUAGAUGAACUUCGCGCCCAGAUUAUUGAAUUGCUGUGUAGUGUAGAAGCACUGAAAAAGGAUCAUGGGAAAGAACUGGAAAAACUGAGAAAAGAUUUGGAAGAAGAGAAGGCCUUGAGAAGUAAUCUAGAGAUGGAAAUAGAGAAACUGAAAAAAGCUGUCCUGUCUUUUUGAAGUGUUCCAGGGAUUCAGAUGCAACAAUAUGAACUUCCAUCGACUUGUUACUUAAAAACAACAAACACUGAUGUUGUGAUAAUGAAAUAUGAGUAUAUGAACUAUAUUAUCUAUUAAAAGUUAGG